ACCACCUCUUCUCCUUUUUUUUUCUCUCUCUGGAUCUCUCUCUCUCUGUAGAAGUAGAAGUAGAAGAGUAGUGGAAAAUGAUGAUGGUAUUGGGUAAAACAUUGAAGAGAGGUGUAGUGAUAAUACGAAGAUGGAUAAAAACCCUCUUCAUAUUAAUCACCAUGUUCAUCUCUCUCCUCUUAUUCUCAGCCCCUCCCAUUUUUGUAUCCAUCGCCGACGCCAUCCUCCCCUCCGCCUUCUUAUCCGCCGCCCUCUCACCGCCGCCGUCUUCCCUCAACUUUCAAACCCAUCUCAACACCUACGAUUUCCGCCGCUCCCUCUUCGAUGUCCCCCUCAUCUCCAUCAUCCGCUCCGCCAUCAUAUUAUGUGUCUAUAGUUUGUGCGACGGGCCAAAGCUGUCGAGGGGGCCUUACCUGGCGGUGGCCACCGUGUGCUCGGCGGCUUCGCUGGUGUUCGUCUCUUUGAAGGCUCCGUACAUAUUCAUAAUCAGCGGCGGCGGAGGCGGAGACAAUUCCGCUUACGGUAAAACAAUGGAGGCGGCGGUGUUUGUUUCUUCGCUGGGAUUGGCUAUUGGACACGUGGCGGUGGCUUAUAGGACCAGCUGUAGAGAGAGGAGAAAGCUGUUAGUUUACAAAAUUGAUAUUGAAGCUGUCUCCGCAUGCAAGAAUAAUUUCCCUAGAUAUCAGAAAAUACUCCAACAAGCAAGAACUAAAUAAUACAUAUAUAUAUAGUCUGCAGCAGCAGGUUCCAAUUUUCCUACAAAUGAGGUUUCAGGUAAAUAUUGCUUAAGAAUCU